CCUAGGGAGCAUUUCAUUCAGUGGAGUUCAUUCAUGAAAACCUGCAACGCCCCCAACAUCCUUAACUCCAGGAUGAUGUGAGCGUGACAUGGUUUAUGCAUGGGAUUAAGGAGGGCUCAUCACACAGGAUAUAUGGACUUUCCUGCUGCCUCACUUUCUGCAAAAGAAGCUCGCUCUUGCAUUGCAGCUACCAGGCUUCUUCACUGGAUUCUAAUUUCUUUACACAUUGACAGCUGAAUUGCAUGGAUAUGCUACACACCUUGGACUGUAACUAGUUAUUGUAUCUGUUUAGACACAUGGAUCUUUAGCUGCAUGUACCAGAGGUCAGUUGUGGUUCAGUUUCCACAUACAUUUCUAUUCAUUUUGGAAUGUUGUGGAAUAAUGCUGCAAAAAGACAAAUCUCCAGGUGGACUGAGAACUGACUGUAGUGUCUUCUAUAAAAUGUCUGUGAGUAUUAUUAUUAUUAUUAGACUAUGAAAGAACAUACUCAGCACGGUGGACAAGUUCUUCAUCAGUUCCUUUGUAAAUACCCAGUAAUGCUUCAAAGGGCUAAGUACAGCAGAUUCAGGAAUGAUUCUAUAACUACAGAAGAAUGUUCAUCGAACCCAUCUUUAAAUGCCAAAGCUUGCGCCAGUUCGCAUGCAAAUGUUACUUCCUUUUUACCAGUCGAAGACCUCACCUUGGUAACACAGGACAGGACAAAUACACUAUGCACCUUUAUACCCAAAAUGCCUCAUUUUAAGCUGUCUAGCUCUGCCAGCCUGAUGAGACUGAGGCAGUUCUCCCUGGGGACUAAAGAAGUGCCUAGAUUAAAAUUGACAGAUACCCACACUGCUCCAAAUAGCCCCACAGCUGCAGAGAACACUUUCAACAGCUACAUGAGUUCUUCUCAAGUAAGACAGGAUGUGGACUUGAAUGCAAAACCCCAAGAGGACUGUGCAGAAAGUGAGAAGUCUUCACCUGAUCAGAACAGCUAUAUACAGCAUGUCAAUAUGGGACCAGUCUUCUCCUACUGCGUGAAGUACAUGGGUUGUAUUGAAGUUUUGCAGUCCAUGAGGUCUCUUGAUUUUGGCACAAGAACACAAGUUACAAGGGAAGCAAUAAGUCGACUCUGUGAGGCUGUCCCUUGUGCAAAAGGAGCUGCCAAGAAACGAAGGCCUCCGGUAAAAUUGCUUUCCUCCAUAUUGGGUAAGAGCAAUCUACAAUUUUCUGGGAUAAACGUCAAGUUGACCAUCUCCACCAACAGCCUUAUGCUAACAGAUAUUGACACCCAGCAGGUAGUUGCAAAUCACCACAUGCAGUCAAUAUCAUUUGCUUCUGGUGGAGAUCCAGACACAACUGAUUAUGUUGCAUAUGUAGCUAAGGAUCCAGUAAACCAAAGAGCUUGUCACAUUUUGGAAUGUCCAAACAGCAAAGCUCAAGAGGUCAUCAAUACAAUAGGACAGGCAUUUGAACUCCGUUUCAAACAGUUUUUGAAGAGUCCAUCCCUCAUAGAAGAGAGUGAAGUAUUAAGCACUAAUAAUGUAGUGGAGAAAACAGAAAGAAAAGAAGGCCAUGGAUACUAUAAUGAGGUGCCAGGAAAAGAGCCCCCUGUUGGUGGUUUACUUGACAGAAGAAUAAAAGUGGAAAUCACAAGCUCAAGACCUGGUGGUGAUAAGAAUGACCCUAAAGUGGGUUGUCCCAAAAGUGCCAACAUAUAUGAAAACUGCUUAGAGAACCAGAAGACAGUAGGUCUAACUGCUCAGAACGAACACAUGCAAGAUAUUCUGUGUGACAGAGACAUUUUGGAUGAUCCAUGUUAUAUGAACACAGUGCCAAAAACUGAAAAUCAAGAUAAAAUUCAGAUUUCCGGGAAAACUUGUGUAAAAUCAAAAAUUCAAAAUCCUGGGGAGCUUUGUCAGACUAGCAAAAUGCUCAUCAGCAGCUCCAUGCAGAGAGAAGUAUGGUAUCACGGCAAGAUGAAUCGAAAGCUUGCAGAAAGCUUACUUAUUCAUGACGGAGACUUUUUAGUCCGAGAAAGCACAACAUCAAUUGGUCAAUAUGUACUGAGCGGACUUCAUGGUGGACACCCAAAACAUCUCCUGCUGGUGGAUCCAGAGGGAAAAGUGAGAACUAAAGAUCGUGCUUUUGACAAUGUGAGCCACCUAAUAAAAUACCAUGUGGAGAAUGAGUUACCUAUAACUUCAUCUGGAAGUGAGCUCAGUCUGAGGCAGCCAGUGAGGAGGCAAGAAGUUGAUACUCUUCAGGAUUAAAUGGACUGCAUUUAUAUUGCCUGCAAAUGAACUAUUUGAACACAUUUUUUCACAUGUAAACACAACUUAAGGACCUACUGUAUUUUUCGCCAUAUAAGACGCUCCGGUAUAUAAGACGCACCCACUUUUAAAGGAGGAAAGUAUAGAAAAAAAAGAUUCUGAACCAAAUACAAUGUAAAGUAUAAGACAGUGAUCUUCAACCUGCGGACAUCCAGA